GACAUGUGGAAUGCAAAACUUCCUGGUCUGUCGACUUCUCUAUUUGGUAUGUGCCAAACACCCUGAGGAGAUAAGGAACACAAUAACGAAUUAAGAUAGGCAAUUUGUACUGAAAUAAAGUUUAGAUAAAUAAGAUAACAAACUCUAUAGUUCCUAAAGAUUAAAUAAAUUCAUAAAAGUUCAUACAUUCCUGUCAUUUCCUGUUCUUUGAAUUUUCUGCAGGUGAAGUUCUCUACCUUUACAUGAUUUCUCAUGGCAGUGACAAUGAAAGUUUGUACACUGAUUGUGACAAUUUCUUUGGUGCUAUGCGCCAUCAGUAUAUACUUCAUCAUAAAAGAGAUUGCUAUUAAAACUUUCACAAGGUCUACCAGCGCUGUGGAGAAACUUAUAAUAAAUACUGAUGCUGGAGCAGAUGAUGCAAUGGCUAUACUUUUGACCCUUCAGUCUGAAUCCGAUGGGUUCAAGGUUUUGGCAAUCACUUGUUCAUAUGGAAACACGUAUCUGGAUAAUGUUGUUAAUAAUGUACUUAAAACUUUGACAAUUGCUAACAGAACCGAUAUACCCGUGUAUAUAGGAGCAGACAGACCAUUGAUACACGUAUACAGCCCUAGUAAAUAUUUUGGUUCUGAUGGAUUUGGAGAUUUCAAUUUAAGUAAAGAAAUAACAGCUGAACCAGAUGACAGUAAACAUGCAGCUAUAGCACUGAUAGACUUAGUAAAGCAACAUCCAGGAGAAAUAACUUUACUGAGUAUUGCUCCUUUAACAAAUAUUGCUACAGCGAUGACACUGGAGCCUGAAUUUUUAAAAUAUUUAAAGAAUCAUGUCAUAUUAGGUGGUAGUGUUUCUGGCAUUGGCAAUGUUCUACCUAAUAUUGAGUUCAACUUCUAUCAAGAUCCAGAAAGCAAUUACAUAACUCUGAAUCGCACUAAGACAAGUGUUCUGCUCCCAUGGGAUACAGGUGUACAUAGCAGUAUAUCUUUGGACUGGAGAAACAAUGUGUUAGGAAAAGUUAAUUCAACGAUUAUGAAUUUCUUGAAUAAAGCAGAACGAUCAAGUUUAGCAAAAGUCGAAUCAUGGAUUUCUUCGGAUACAAUGGCUGCUGCAGUUCUGCUGCGACCAGAAAUUGCCACCAAAACAAUUGUAACGAAUGUGGAUCCUGUACUAGAUGGAACCGCAAGAGGUUCGGUACUUGCGGAUUUUACUAAUUUGACUGGCAGACCAGAGAACACAAGAAUUAUACUAUCAUUCGAUGUGACAGCUUUCAAAGAACUAUUAUUGAAGAAAUUAUCUUGAGCUAAUUAAGUAUUGGCUAAAUCAAUGUAUAUAUGUACAUUAAAAAAUAUAAUAUAGAUGUCCCAGAAA